AUGAUACAAAAGAAGGUGAGCAAAGAUAAAAAUGACCUGAAUAAAGAGGAGGACCAUCUAAAGAAUUUAACAACAGAGCUGAGCAAAGAGGAAAAUGAGCUGAAGAGAAAGACAAUGGAGUGGAACAAAGAGAAGAAUGAGCUGAACAAAAAGAAAGAACAGCUAAGCAAAAACACAAUGGAGCUGAACGAAGAAGAAGAGAAGCUGAACAAAAGGAAAGAUGAGCUGAAAAACUUGAAAGCAGAACUGAGCCAAGAAAAAAAUGUGCUGAGAAAGAAAACGAUCAAAGAGAUCGAGGAGCUGAACAAAAUCAAAGAUGAUCUGAGCAAAAAGAGAGCAGAGCUGAGAAAAACAACAGAUGAGCUGAGCAAAGAGAAAGACGAACUGAGUAAAGAGAAAAGGGAGCUGAGCAAAGUGAAAGACAAACUGAACAAAGAGAAAGAUGAUCUGCACAAAGAGAAAGAGACACUGAACAAAGAGAAAGAGACACUGAGCAAAGAAAAAAAGGAGCUGAGCAAAGAAAAUGAUGAACUGAACACAAACCGAGACAAGCUAAGCAAAGAAAAAAAGGAGCUGAACAUAAAAAAAGAUGAACUGAGCAAUAAGAGAAAGGAGGUGGACAAAGAAAAAGAUGAACUGAAUAAAAAGAAAGGCGACCAGGACAAAGUAAAAGCAGAGCUGAGCAGGAAGACAGAAGAGUUGAACAACGAGGAAAAGGAUCUGAAUAAAAAACAAUUGGAGCUAAACAAAGAGAAAGAAGAGCUGGGCAAAGAGAAAGUGCAUCUGAGCAAAGAGAAAACGAAGCUGGACAAAGAGAAACAGGAGCUGAACAAAAAGAAAGUCGAUCUGAACAAAGAGACAGCGGGUCUGAACAAGGAGAAACAGGAGUUUAGUAAAAACAAAGCGGAUGUGAACAAAAAGAAAGAGGAGCUAACAAAGAGACUGUGAAUCUGAGCAACAAGGCGGAGCAGCUGAACAAAGAGACGAAGGAGCUGAAUGAAAAGAAAGCGGAACUGAACAAACUGAAAGCGGAUCUGAAUAAAGAGAAAGUGGAGCUAAAUGAAAAGAAAGUGGAGCUGAAUAAAGAGAAAGAAAAGCUGAGCGCAAUAAAGAAGGAGUCGGACAAUCAAUGCAAAGAGAGAGAUGCCCUGAAGACCUUCUACGACAACGUCAUGAAAUUUGAACGAUUUCCAGUUUCAGAGCUGUGUCCUCUAGAUAUGAGACCAAAAUGUCUGGAUUGCAGGGUCGGAUGGCUUUCCUUCAGGGGACACUGCUACUGGUUUUCAGAUAGAGGUCAUUCUUUGAAUUUCUGGAACGUGUCUCGAGACUUGUGUCAGCAUGAUAGUGGAUAUUUGGCUAUAAUUGAUGAUCUGGAGGAGCAGAAAUUUAUCGUCAAGCAUGCCAAACCCUACGAAUCUCAACACCAAGGAUACUGGAUAGGGUUACAUCAUAAACUCGCCGGAUGGUUCUGGGUUGAUGGACGUAAGAACGCUCUUGACUUCUGGACAAAAGAGGUCCCCCAUUCUUCGGGAGCAGCUCUGCAUAUGCCACAAAGAAAAGCCAAAGAGAGCUGGAGAGCAGAAGACAAGGCAGUGAAGCACAGAUUCAUCUGUGAGCAUCCUAUGACUGUUUGGCCCUACAACUAACACUGUUCUGUUAAAGCUUCAGCGAGGAAUA